AUGGGCACCCGGCAGACCAAAGGCAGCCUGGCCGAGAGCCCCGGCGCGCCCCCCGCCGCCGCCCCGGCCCCGGCCCCGGCCCCGGCCGCCCCCCGCCGCCGGAGCUCGGCCCGCGAGCGAGGCGAGUUGUGGGCGGCGCUGCUGCUGCGCUCCGGGGACAAGGCGGCCCGCGCCGGCUCCGCGUCCGGGGCCGGGGUCGGCCUGCCCCCCUACCACCGGCGGGUGGGCAUGAUCCAGGAGCUGCUGUCGCUGGUGCGCCAGGGCCGCCAGGAAGAGGCCGGCGAGCUGCUCCGCCACCUGCGCCAGGACUUGGGAAUGGAGUCUACAUCACUGGAUGACGUCCUCUACCGCUAUGCCAGCUUUCGGAACCUGGUGGACCCCAUCACGCACGACCUCAUCAUCAGUUUGGCCCGAUACGUGCAUUGCCCCAAGCCAGAGGGAGAUGCCCUGGGCACCAUGGAGAAGCUCUGUCGACAGCUGAUGUACCAUCUCAGCCCUCACUCCCAGUGGAAACGCCACAGCCUUAUGAAGAGGAAAUCUCAGGCCUGCCUGAAAGCGGUCUUGCUGGGCCCGCCUCCGGACAACACGGUGGACUUGUCGGGCAUCUCGCUGACGUCCCGAGACCUGGAGCGACUGGUCGCCUACCUGCAGCGCUAUGAGGAGCAGGUGGACAUCCUCGAACUGGGUUUCGCUGACCUCACCGAUGACAUGGUCCUGCGACUCCUGCCCAUCCUCAGCUCCCUGCCCCACCUCACCACCCUCGCCCUCAAUGGCAACCGCUUGACAAAGGCCGUGCUCCGUGACCUCACUGACACCCUCAAAGACCCCAGCAAGUUCCCACGUGUCACAUGGAUUGACUUGGGCAAUAACGUGGACAUUUUCUCGCUGCCCCAGGCCUUCCUCCUCAGUCUCCGAAAGCGCUCUCCCAAACAGGGCCACCUACCCACCAUCCUGGAGCUGGGUGAGGGGCCUCUAGGAGGAGAGGAAUCCGAGGACAGUAUGCCUAGCGAGGUGGAUUCUAGGGUGAACCAUCCGGCCACCGAGACACAGAGCAUGCCCCUCAUAGAGAAGGUGUCUGCGACCUCAGUAGUCAGUAAGACAUGACAUGGAGGGAGAGGGUAGGGGUUACUUGUAUGGAAAACUGUACAGAGGGAUGUCACCCGGGUGUCUUCUGACCCAUGACUUCACCAGGAAGCUUCCUCUUUGAGCAGCAGUCAGCCUUACCUAGGUCUCAUUGUAGGGUGGAGGGGGGCAGGCAAAAGAAGCCCUGGCGAGGUGACCUCUCAGGGCCUAUCCCAUUUGCACACAUCCUGGCCUGGCCCUUUGGUAGAGUGGAGCGCCCAUGGCAGGUCACCCAGACUGAGUGGGUCCAGCCAAAUGGAGAGCAUCCCAUCCCGAGCAGACAGGGAGAGAGAAGUUAGCCGAUCACCUCUGUCUUGGGUUUCUACUUCUGUCCACCUCCCAGGCUCUCGUCUCCCGCCUCCCAUGUUGUGUGUCCUGUGAUGUUGUCUGCCUCUCAGAAGUCAUCACCGGCUCCUGGACGCUCCCUGGCCUCUCCUCUGAGCCCCAGCCCUGUCCUCUGCCUGCCUGCUCGUGCAGCGAUGGGGGAGGAAUUUUAGAGAUCUAGCCUACCCCCCUCCUUUUACAGCAGAAGAAACUGAGGACAGAGUGGAAUAAUGACUGAUUUGUGAUCUCAUCAGUAGUGAUUGGGACCCAAGUUCAAGGAGGAGGGGCAUAGAGAGAGGGACCCAUUGACCCUGAAGAGACCUGCGGUCCUGGGUUCAGGAAAUCCAUUUUUUCCAGAGAAGGCCCUGGAAUGUGAGAGAGAAGGGCUCCCAUGGGGACUAACCCUUCAAAGAAAAGCAGGCAGUGGGUGCUAAGCACCCAAAAAGAGGACAAGAAAAAGCAUCCCUGCCCUAGGAAAUUGCCUUUGGGUGCUGAGGUUUAGGAAGGAAGGUGGGCCCAGCUAGGGAUCUCCCCUUCAUCCAGUUUACCCACUCCCCCGUGUCCUAGGGACCAAACCCCGGCCUGAAUUUGCCUAAGUCCUUUGACUCAGAAUGCCCUUCCCUGCUCUGGAACCUCACCUGGCCACUCUAGAACCACUGCCCUUACCAGGCCAGAGCCCCAGCUCUAGACCCCCCCAGUGUGGCCUUGCUGCUGAAGAACCCAGGUGGUCAGAGGAGGGGGAGCCCAGGCUGCACCUGGUUGACUGGGGGUGAGCCCCGGCCCGUUACCGUCUCAGUGUCUUUACCCCCAGCACAGGCUCGGCCUGGUGCUGGGACGCUUGCUGACUUGGGCUUUUUUUUAAAGAUUGUCUUUUGUACAGUUUCCCAGUAUCCACAGAGCUCAAGAUCAGCCAUAGUACCUAUCCGUGACUCUCCCCUCUGUCCGUCCCCCCCACCCCCAAGUCUGUCUGGGGCCUGUUUUUGUCCCUGUCACUGUCUCCUACCCUGGGUGUGAACAGGCCUGACCAGACCUCAAAGCCACCCUAGGCUGGCAUCUCCUUCAUUGGAAAUAAAGGCACCAGCCAGA